GACCUCCAGAGUUGGGUGACCCCUAUUUUGGCUGUGGUGAACAGGAUCUGAUCCCAAGGACUGUUACCUCUGUUCUUGUCUGGUGUGCAGUGUUAGAAAGCAAUCAUGCCUUUCGGAAACACCCACAACAACUUCAAACUCAACUACAAAGUUGAGGAGGAGUUCCCUGACCUGUCCAAGCACAACAACCAUAUGGCCAAGGUCCUGACCAAGGAGCUGUAUGGCAAGAUGAGGGACAAGCAGACACCCAGUGGCUACACCUUGGAUGAUGUCAUCCAGACUGGUGUUGACAACCCCGGUCACCCCUUCAUCAUGACUGUUGGCUGCGUUGCUGGUGAUGAGGAGUCCUAUGAGGUCUUCAAGGGUCUGCUGGACCCCGUCAUCUCCGACCGUCAUGGUGGAUACAAGGCCACUGACAAGCACAAGACCGACCUGAACUUCGAGAACCUGAAGGGUGGUGAUGAUCUGGACCCCAACUAUGUUCUGUCCAGCCGUGUUCGUACUGGCCGUAGCAUCAAGGGAUUCACCCUGCCCCCCCACAACAGCCGCGGCGAGCGCAGAGCUAUUGAGAGGCUGUCCGUUGAGGCUCUGACCAGCCUGGAUGGUGAGUUCAAGGGAAAGUACUACCCCCUGAAGUCCAUGACUGAUGCCGAGCAGGAGCAGCUGAUCAAUGAUCACUUCCUGUUUGACAAGCCUGUCUCUCCCCUGCUGACCUGCGCCGGUAUGGCCCGUGACUGGCCCGAUGGCAGAGGCAUCAUGCACAACGACAACAAGACCUUCCUGGUCUGGGUGAACGAGGAGGAUCACCUGCGUGUCAUCUCCAUGCAGAAGGGUGGCAACAUGAGGGAGGUCUUCAAGCGCUUCUGCACUGGCCUGCAGAAGAUUGAGGCCAUCUUCAAGAAGCACAACCACGGCUUCAUGUGGAACGAGCAUCUCGGCUACAUCCUGACCUGCCCCUCCAACCUGGGCACUGGCCUGCGUGGUGGUGUCCACGUCAAGCUGCCCAAGCUGAGCACACAUGCCAAGUUCGAUGAGAUCCUCACCAGGCUGCGUCUGCAGAAGCGUGGCACAGGUGGUGUGGACACUGCCUCCGUGGGAGGUGUGUUCGACAUCUCCAACGCCGACCGUCUGGGCUCCUCCGAGGUGGAACAGGUCCAGCUGGUGGUUGAUGGUGUCAAGCUCAUGGUUGAGAUGGAGAAGAAGCUGGAGAAGGGAGAGGCCAUUGACAGCAUGAUCCCUGCCCAGAAGUAAAGCGGGACAAUCUUAUGUUUUUCUCGUGACCAUUUAUGUGCAAUCAAGUCAGCUGACGGGCAUGCAGAGGAAACAGCUGCUCACCAAGAGACUCUUGACUCUGCUCACCUCAUUUUCCUCCUUCCAGCUUUUUUUUUUCUUUUCUCUGUCCUUCGUUCUUUUUUUUUUCACGUUCUCCUGAGUUGGUUGGUAACAUCCUGGGAUCAGCCUCCACUGAGCUGGGCUCGCCUGGCAGAUGUGGCAUCACCUACUUUUUGUUAUGAAGAGUAACAAUUAUUGAAGCUGUGUAUACUGUUCAAUAAAAACGUGCCCCAUGAAACA